AUGGGGAAGAUCACCUUCUACGAGGACCGCAGCUUCCAGGGCCGCUGCUAUGAGUGCAGCAGCGACUGCCCCAACUUGCAGACCUAUUUCAGCCGCUGCAACUCCAUCAGAGUGGACAGUGGCUGCCGGGUGCUCCAUUAGCGCCCCAACUACCAAGGCCACCAGUACUUCCUGCGGCGCGGGGACUACCCUGACUACCAGCAGUGGAUGGGCUUCAGCGACUCCAUCCGCUCCUGCCGCCUCAUUCCCCACACUGGUUCCCACAGGAUGCGGCUGUAUGAGAGAGAAGACCAUAAAGGCCUCAUGAUGGAGCUGAAUGAAGAUUGUGCCUGCAUCCAGGACCGCUUCCACCUCAGUGAGGUGCGCUCCCUGCACGUGCUGGAAGGCUGCUGGGUCCUCUAUGAGAUGCCCAACUACAGAGGCCGGCAGUACCUGCUCAGGCCUCAGGAGUACCGGCGCUACCACGACUGGGGUGCUGUAGACGCUAAGGCAGGCUCUUUGCGAAGGGUGGUAGAUUUAUACUAA